AUGGAGCGUCUUCGUCCAAGACACAGAGAGGUUCACAUUGGCUUUACAAAGGCCGAGACUCAGAAAAUGGAGAGAUUGCUAAGGGAAUUAGGAGAACAAGUGCUGGAGCGACAAUUUUGUCAAAAUAUUGCAAAAUGUUUUAAUCGCUCCGCAGGUCGUGCUGGGAAACCGAUUGUGAAAUGGACCGAGGUGCAAAGUUGGUUGCAGAAUAGAGCGCAAGAGUUGCCAAACGUGUCCAAAAAUAUCUCUGAGCAACAGGGAAUUCGCCCUUCGAAUAAGGCACUUGGAAGUUCUGAAAUACCUAAAGAAGAAAAGACCGGAAACAUAUCAGAGUUGGAAUUUGAGGCAAGGUCAUCAAAAGAUGGGGCAUGGUAUGAUGUUGAGUCGUUCCUUGCUCACAGGUCUCUUAGUUCGGGGGAAACUGAAGUUCGUGUCAGAUUUGUUGGAUUUGGAGCCGAAGAAGAUGAGUGGGUCAAUGUAAAAAGAGCAGUGCGAGAACGCUCUGUACCACUGGAGCAUUCAGAAUGUCAAAAUUUGAAGGUUGGAGACCUUGUCCUCUGCUUCCAGGAGAGGAGAGAUCAAGCAAUCUACUAUGAUGCUCAUAUUAUUGAAAUCCAAAGGAAAAUGCACGAUAUAAGGGGAUGCAGGUAUGUAACUGCUGAUGUUAUGAUACUUAAUUUCCUCCAGGAAAGAGUUAGAUUGAGAAGAUUGUGUCAAAGGCCAACACAUUAG